GUGUUAGGAACCCACUCAAUAUAUCAGAUUGGGUUAGCGCAGCCAAUGCGCCUCGCGGAGGGCCUGGACAUUCUUCUGUCGGAGACCACCCCACUGAGCUCCGGCUUGGGCUCAUCUCGCAUUGUCUACAGGUCCAGACAUGAGUUUCGACACGAGUGUGGACACGACACGCGACGCCCUUCUGUUUGUAUGGCCUGCAGGUUUGACCCCGGAAUCAGCGCGCGUAGAAUUGUGCAUCACAACAACGCGUAAAGUUUUGAAUCAGCGAGAUGGAAAAACAAACAUGCCUUGGGUGCAAAUAACGUGUAGCGAAGCCCUGGCUGCAGGUGACGGUGUUUGCCGGCAGCUUCCCGACGUGUUUGAGAUGAGUAUGUCCACGCGUUAAGGUACAUGACGUGGAAGGGGGAUCAACAAACACUCCACGCGAUCUCUAUUCGUCUCGAGGUCUUCCUCCCCCCGAGGAAAAGUAUAAAUACCCCUGGAGCCAAGGGAUGGCUUAUUUUCCAUCACCACCUUCCAACUCUAGACACUCUUUUACAACCAGUAUCCGAAAUGCAAUACAGAUUCAUCGCCGCUGCCGCAUCUUUAGUCGCUGCCACCAGUGCUCUUCAAACCGUCACUGAGAAGCACACCACCGAUGUCACCAUCACCUCGUGUUCCAACAACGCCUGUGCCUCCUUGAAGCCAGAAUCCUCCUCCCAGUCUCAGACUGUUGUCACCACCACUGUUGAGGGUGCCGAGACCAUCUACACCACCGUGUGUCCAGAAACCGAGACUCCAGCUCCAACCUCUGCUGCUGCUGAGAAGACUCCUGCUGCCCCAGCUCCAGCUCCAGAAAAGAACCCAGCUCCAGCUCCUGCUCCUGCUGCUUCUAGCCCUGCUGCUCCAGCUCCAGCUCCUGCUGCUUCUGCCCCAGCUGCCCCAGCUCCAGCUCCAGCUCCAGCCCCAUCCAAGGCUUCUGCUCCAGCUCCAGCCCCAUCCAAGGCUUCUGCUCCAGCUCCAGCUCCAGCUGCUCCAACCACUGCUGCUGCUGAAAACACCCCAGCUCCAGCUCCAGCUCCAGCUGCUUCUGCUCCAGCUUCCCCAGCCCCAGCCCCAGCUCCAGCUCCAUCUGCUCCAGCUCCAGCUCCAGCCCCAUCUGCUCCAGCCCCAGCCCCAGCUGCUGACUCCGACUCCUACGUCGAUGUUACCGUGACUCCAACCACCACUGCAUCCACCGGUGUCCAAGCCACUGAGACUUCUCAAUCCACUUUGACUUCCGUCUACAACUCCGCUUCCCACGCCAACAGCACUGUGGCUGGUGUUUCCGUCGCUAACAACGCCAACGCUAACUCUUUCGCUUUCGGUUUCGCCGGUGUCGCUGCCAUGGCUGCUGUCUUAUUGUAAGCUUGACAAAGCUUAGGUCUCAGACCACAAAAAUUAAUGUUAUUUGAUACCAGACUCUGCUCCUUGAUAAUGUUAUUCAUUGGUUCAUUUUCUCCGGUUAUGUCUAAAACUGUGCACUACGGGUUAGUAUGGUUGGCAAAUCGCCAUAUAGUAUAGAAAACUAGCAUCGUAAGAUUGCUGGGUUCUAUUGGGUUAUAUUUUCUUUUUCUUGGGUUACAACUCUAAUAUAUUAUUUAAAGG